AUAUCACGCCCGUCUCCUUAUAUUUGUCUUCGAUGAGUUCGUUAGUGAAGAGCCUGUGAUCAUUUACUUUAUUUCUCGUUCCCAAUCCCAAGCUCAGUCGAUUUCUGCCCCUCUUUGGGCCUCUUCCCGCCAGCUCCCCGCGCAAAUAUUCACGAAGAACAGUUCCUUGCAUAUUUCUUCAUCGAGUGAACUAGCAACCAUCUACCUACCCAACCGGAACAUACUCGCCGCCUCUAAGGUUCCGCAUUUAUAUAACCUGCACCAUGCCCGGCGUUGAGAAAUCCUCACAAAACGAAUCGAGACUUCUUCUCGUUUCAAAUCGGUUACCCAUCACCAUAAAGCGAUCAGAAGAUGGCAAAUAUGAUUUUUCCAUGUCAUCAGGUGGCCUCGUUAGUGGUUUGAGUGGCUUAUCGAAAACCACAACCUUCCAGUGGUACGGCUGGCCCGGUCUGGAGGUUCCGGAAGAGGAGAUCCCGACUCUGAAGAACCGGUUAAAGGAAGAAUAUAACGCUAUUCCGGUCUUUAUCGAUGAUGAGCUUGCAGACAGACACUACAAUGGGUUUUCUAACUCCAUCCUUUGGCCACUUUUCCAUUACCACCCCGGCGAAAUCACAUUCGACGAGUCUGCUUGGGAAGCUUAUAAAGAGGCAAAUCGUCUAUUUGCACAGGCUGUUGCGAGCCAAGUUCAGGAUGGCGACUUAAUUUGGGUGCAUGACUACCAUUUGAUGCUCCUACCUGAAAUGCUCCGAGAAGAAAUUGGAAACACCAAGAAAAACAUCAAGAUUGGUUUCUUCCUCCACACUCCAUUCCCCAGCAGUGAAAUUUACCGAAUUCUGCCGGUACGAAACGAGCUAUUGCUUGGACUUCUCCACUGUGACCUCAUCGGUUUCCACACUUAUGACUACACGAGACAUUUCCUCAGUGCUUGCUCGCGGUUGCUGGGACUGCCAACCACUCCUAAUGGGAUAGAAUUCCAGGGAAAGAUAAUCGCUUGCGGCGCUUUCCCUAUUGGCAUUGAUCCGGAGAAAUUCAAGGAAGGCUUGAAGAAAGAAAAAGUCCAAAAGCGUAUUGCAACUUUGGAGCAGAAAUUCCAGGGCGUGAAGCUUAUGGUAGGCGUUGACCGGCUGGAUUAUAUCAAGGGCGUUCCUCAAAAGCUCCAUGCCCUUGAAGUAUUCCUGAGUGACCAUCCUGAAUGGGUGGGCAAGGUGGUUCUUGUCCAGGUCGCCGUUCCCAGUCGUCAAGAUGUAGAAGAAUACCAGAAUUUGAGGGCUGUUGUGAACGAAUUGGUGGGCAGGAUAAACGGGAAAUUUGGAACUGUCGAAUUUAUGCCGAUCCAUUUUCUCCACAAAUCGGUGAAUUUCGAUGAACUCAUUGCUCUCUACGCCGUGUCCGAUGCAUGCGUCGUUUCUUCCACCCGAGAUGGAAUGAACCUCGUUUCGUACGAGUACAUCGCUACCCAGGAGAAGCGCCACGGGUCGUUAGUCCUGUCUGAAUUUGCUGGUGCCGCCCAGAGUCUCAACGGAAGCAUAAUCGUUAACCCUUGGAAUACUGAGGAGCUUGCAGCGGCUUACCAUGAAGCCGUGACGAUGAGUGAUGAACAGCGAGCGCUUAACUUCUCGAAACUGGAUAAAUAUGUCAACAAGUACACAAGUGCCUUUUGGGGUCAAUCCUUUGUUACCGAAUUGACAAGAAUUUCGGAGCAAGCCGCAGGGAAACUUCCCACCAAAGAGACUCCUGUGAACGGAGAGACGUCAAAGCUAGAGACUUCGUCACAGUAGAUUGAACAUCAACGAAAAUUCUCCCAGCUGACGUUGGCAAUGAGCAAGACGGCCGCAGUUGGACUAUGUGAUCUCAAAUUUCAUUUACAAUCUCAAAAGCCGCAAAGCGGACACUGCCAGUUCCCCUUCGACUCCCUACCCUUUCAAUUAGACGGGAUAUUCCGGAUCGGUCCCUACUCUACAUUUUCUUGCGUAUAGGUAUCGGAGUAUUAAGGUGAGGGGUCCCGCAUAUGAAGUAGACUCCUGACUUACAGUAACUUAGAGGUGUCCUUUACUGUAUUUAGUGACUGUUAAUGCAUCUUGUCAUAGAAAACAUGGCAUUCCAUUAU